AUGCGGACAAUACAGGGCGCCCCCAAGCCAACGAGCCUCUCGUACACUGUCCGAACAGCACACACGUCAGCUCGCAACCUCAGAAAUAGCCUCAACGACCACCUGGUAGACCAAGAUCAAGCCCAAGACCAGAACCAAGCACACACAACCAUGGGGCUCACAACAUCCACCAUACAAGCCGACCAGGAGCGAAGCACGACGAUAUCUUCGCCAACCGCCAACUCCAUCUCACGUAACUUCCCGACCAACAACCAGCACCACACAGCAUCAUACGGUCUCUACCCUCUCCCCCGUUCGGCGAGCCACGUGGAGAUCCUUGGCGUGGCACUAGGCACCUGCUUUCUGACCCUGCUGCUGUGCUGGCUGCUCUGGACGGCGCUCCGCACGGCGAUCGCCCCUGGCCACGCAGCAGCCAGAGACACGCGACAGCGACACUCAGACUAUCGCCCACCACACAAUGACGCAAGUGACGACACAAGCACGACAAGCACAGGCACAACAAGCACAGGCACAACAAGCAACGGAACCCUCAAGUACCGCUCCAGGUCCCACGACCAAGAGGCGCAAGCUCCCGCCGGGGCGCCCGAGCCGCAGCAACAGCAGUUGAUGCGGACCUUUGCGAACCUGGCGCGGAUCCGGAACGAAUCGCCGUCGGCUGGGGACCUGAUGGGCACCGUGCGCCGCACCAGCACCGACGUCGCCGCCAGCGUCGCGCGCGAGGUGGGCGAGAUCGGGCGGGCCCUGCUCGGGACUGCCGCUGACGCUGAUGCUGAGGCACAACACGGCCAUGGCCAUGGCCACGGGCCCGACGACAUCCCCCUUGUGGUUCGGCGCGACAACGGAACGCGAGAAUCCGUGGACGUGGAGGAGGGACUGGGCCGCCGUCUGCCGCCUCGGCCCGCCGCUGUCUCUGUUUCUGCUUCCGCCUCGGCCUUUGUUGUACACGACCGUGGACACAGGUCUCCGGAGCGUAAGAGGGAUAGGGGCAAGGGACAAGAAAAGGGCAGAAGAAAGCCCGGCGGUCGCGCACACGAUGCUGAAGAAAAAGACGAAUCUAGCGCUUUUUUAAGAGGCGCCUCCACGGAUGCAGAUGCGACGAGUGUAGGCAGAUGA